AUGGCGUGCGCCCUGAGACCUGUUUGGAUUCUGCUGCUUUCGCUCUCCGUGUACUACUCGGUUGCUGUCAACGGAUCGAGAGUGCGCCGUGACUCGUGUCGUGCUAGACACCUGAGCCGGGCCGAGACGGUGGACGGCCGCUGCAUGCCAGUCCAGGAAUGCAUCCAGACCCUGAAGGACGUGGGCAGGCUCAGGUCUCCCAUAUUCUGCGGAAUUCACGGUUUGCGGCCCAUCGUGUGCUGCCCUCAACCCGAAGAGCCGACGACGACUAGCGCCACCGUCACGACAACUACAGAGACGAGUACGUCGCCAACUUCAGCCGAGUUGGACAUGGGUUCGUGCCUGACAGAGAGCGGGCAGCAAGGCACGUGCCUUCCGCUGUUCAACUGCACGGAACUCGAGGAGCAGAUGAGCCAGGGCAGGUACCCUCCCCUUUGUAGCAUCCAGAGUCGCGUACCCUACGCCUGCUGCCCACGCAAUGAGACUGCGCCGGUGGAACCCAUCAAGCUUGACAUCACGGCUCGCGCCCUCAAGACAUCUGAGCUCGACUACGAGAACGGUUUAUGCGGUAACCCUCAACAGGCGUCUUCCAACAUUCUGUGCAUUUUUCAACUACUGAAACCCUAUUGUUUCGCCAAAUUUAUGGUGGCCAUUUUUCGCGACAAACUGAGCGUCGAUAACUUCUGGUGUGGAGGUACCCUCAUCACGAGAACCGUCGUCUUGUCCGCUGCACAUUGCUUCUACAAAACUCCUAACAACACGCGGUACCUGGCCCGUGUCGAUGAGGUCAAGCUCUUGAAGGCGAGCAACGUCUCGUCCUUGGAGCGCGAUGUCACGUCGAUCAUCGUACACCCCGACUACAACGAGAGGCAGCACUACGCCGACGUGGCCCUGCUGGUGCUCGAUGCGUCGGCACGCCGGACGAGACUAAGGCGACCCUUUGCCUGUCUGCCGGACGCCGCCGCGGAGCCUGACAAAGACCAGGCCAUUGUCUUGGGCUGGGGACACAACGGAUUUGGCGGACGGGUCCAGACCCAUCUUCAGGAGGUCAGGGUGCCCCUGGUGGCAAACGACGUCUGCAACGAGUCCUACAGCUCACUCGAAAACUACGCACGGGAGUUCCCCCGAGGCGUCAACGAAGACUUCGUUUGCGCGGGAAACAUUACAUAUGGCGGCGUCGAUGCUUGUCAGCAAGAUUCCGGUGGGCCCCUGGUGAUUGAAACCACUCGGAACAAUCAUAGAGUCCUCGAAGUCAUCGGAGUCGUUUCCUUCGGUGUGGGCUGCGGGGCAGCAAACUUCCCCGGAGUGUACACCAGAGUUUCCACGUAUAGAGACUGGAUUUUAAACAAGAUAGCUCAAGUGCUGCCCGACAGUCAAAUAGGCCUGACUAGGGACAACUGA